AUGGCUCCCCCAUCAUUCCCAAGUUUCGGUCGUGGCACAGCCGCGAAGCGCAUACAACCAGCGAAACGAUAUCGACCAGGCAAGCCAAUUGCAGAUGAAGUCGAAUCAUCCGAAGAGGAAGAGGACGACGAGCAGGAUACUGGUCAGGCGCAUCAAACACAACAUCCUCCAAGUCCCAAGCAUAUAACUUCUAGAGUUCGUCAGGUUAAAUUGGAGGAGGAGACGGAAGACGAAGAAGGGUUUGUAACAGAAGAAGAGGACGCUGAAGAGAUCCCUUCCAAACGUACUACGCAAACUUCUCCCGAUAAGCUGCGCACCAAUGCAGGGGCAAUAAAAAAGGAGGAAUCAGAGAAGUCUAAAGAAGAAGAAGAGGAGUCGGAGGAAGGGUCAGGGUCAGAAGAGGAGUCGGAGGAAGAAGAAUCUAGCUCAGAGGAUGAGGGUCCAAAGAGACUGCUACUUCGCCCAACAUUUAUAAAGAAAGGCGAGCGUAAAGGCACAGCAGCUUCAAGCACCAGUGGCCAUAUUGCGACAGCUUCAUCUGCCCUUGACCCCGAAGCAGAGGCUGAAGCCCUUAAACGGCGAAAGGAUAAAGCGGACUUACUAAUUCGAGAUCAACUAGAGAAGGACGCAGCCGCUCGGAUCGCUGGUAGAAAGACGUGGGACGAUGAUGUUGACGAUACAGGAGCAGGAGUUGAUGAAAAUCAUAUCGACGAUACAGACGGCGUCGACCCGGCUGCUGAACUAGCUGCAUGGAAACUCCGUGAGCUCAGACGAGUUAAACGCGAACGCGAAGCCAUCGAGGCUGCAGAAAAGGAACGAGAGGAGAUUGAGCGCCGACGUAACCUGACUGCUGAGGAACGCGAGCGCGAGGAUCGCGAAUUCCUUGACAAGCAAAAGGAGGAGCGAGAAUCUGGCAAGGGAAAGGCUGGAUUUAUGCAAAGAUACUUUCACAAAGGUGCCUUCUUCCAGCCUGACUCGGAGAAGCAUGGUCUUACUGGAAGAGAUCUUAUGGGUAGCCAUUACGUGGACGAGGUUAAGAACCGUGAAGCUUUGCCCGAAUACCUGCAAGUCAGGGAUGCAACCAAGAUUGGACGCAAAGGCCGGACAAAGUAUCGUGACUUAAAGUCCGAGGAUACAGGUAAAUGGGGGGUGGAAAGCUAUUAUCGAUCAAACGCGCCGGCAAGCAGUGCCGCUCGAUUCGGUAUCAAGGACGAAAGAUUCCUGCCUGAUAGUCAUGAGAGAGAUUCUCGGAGGUCAUCGGGGCCAUCGGGGGCAAAUGCAAGUGCAGUGAGGGAACGCCGCCAUCCUCACCCUCGUUCUCGUUCCCCGCGCCGUAGACGAGACUAUUCGAGGUCACGGUCAAGGUCUCCUCCACGAAGACACCGGUAUCGUGAUGAUGACGAUGAUAGAAGUCGAAGGAAGCGAAGCCCUUCGCCUUAUCACGAUCGAGAUAAGAGGCGUAAGGUAGACACAGUGUCAUAA